AUGUGGGGAGGCGACGGCAUUUUAGGCGUAAAAGGCAACAUCAGAUCACCUGGCACAAGCAAUCUAAGAAUCCGAACUCUGUUCUUGAGAAGACGAGAAAAAUGGCUGGUGAUUCUCGGUGUACUGCUCCACGCAGCUUACAUGCUAAGCAUUUUUGAUAUUUACUUCAAGACCCCAAUCGUCCAUGGCAUGGACCCCGUCGAGCCCCGGUUCGCCGCUCCCGCCAAGCGCCUCCUUCUCCUCGUUGCUGAUGGUUUAAGGGCGGACAAGUUCUUCGAGCCCGAUUCGAGUGGGAAUUACAGGGCGCCGUUUUUGAGGAGUGUGAUUAAGGAGCGUGGCCGUUGGGGAGUGUCCCACGCGCGGCCUCCCACUGAGUCGAGACCUGGUCAUGUUGCCAUUAUUGCUGGAUUUUACGAAGAUCCUAGUGCUGUUACUAAAGGGUGGAAAGCAAACCCCGUUGAGUUUGACUCGGUGUUCAAUAGGAGUCGGCAUACAUUUGCAUUUGGCAGCCCGGACAUUAUUCCUAUAUUUUGUGGUGCUUUGCCACACAGCACAUGGAAGUCCUAUCCACAUGAGUAUGAAGAUUUUGCAACUGAUGCUUCGUUUUUGGAUGAGUGGUCGCUCGAUCAAUUUCAGAGCCUUCUGAACAGGUCCAAUGAUGAUACAAAGUUAAAGCAUCUUCUUCAACAAGAUAACAUCGUCAUAUUCUUGCACCUUCUUGGUUGUGACUCAAAUGGUCACGCUCAUCGGCCCUAUUCACCUGUCUAUCUCAAUAACGUUAAGGUUGUUGAUCAUAUUGCUGAAAGAGUUUAUAAUCUUGUCCAGAGUUAUUUCAAGGACAAUUUGACAGCAUAUGUGUUCACAGCCGAUCAUGGGAUGAGCGAUAAAGGAAGUCAUGGAGAUGGGCAUCCUUCAAACACAGAUACUCCUCUCGUUGCUUGGGGAGCUGGUGUUGGGCAGCCUGUUCCGAUUUCGGACAAUCAUAACCAUAAUGAUAAUGCUCGGUUUGUUGAUGACCACGCACAUGACUUGGCCACACCAUCAGAUUGGGGUCUUGAUGAUUUACAGAGAAUGGAUGUGAAUCAAGCUGAUAUUGCACCUUUGAUGUCAACCCUUCUAGGUUUGCCGAGUCCAGUUAACUCAGUUGGAAACUUGCCACUUGAGUAUGUUAAUUUCAAUAAGGUUGAAGAAGUAGAAGCUGUUCUGGCUAACACGAAGCAAAUCCUCAAUCAAUUUCUUCAGAAAUCACAUAUGAAGCAGUCGAAUUCAUUAUAUUUCAAGCCUUUCAAACCCUUAUCUAAUUACACUUUGGUUUUGGAUCAAAUUGAGCAUCUACUGUCUAUUAAGGACUACAAGGCUGCAAAAAUGCUAUCCGAAAAUCUUCGAAGCUUGGCACUAGAAGGGCUUCACUAUUUUCAAACCUAUGAUUGGUUCAUGCUCAUGACAGUAAUUCCACUCGGCUAUAUUGGAUGGAUGAUCUAUCUGAUAAUUCAUGUUUUGCAAUCUUAUACCACAAUACCUGGAAAAAUUUUCAAUAAGGACCAAUCGGUUUACCUUAGAACGAACACAGGGAAGGUUUAUGUCUAUGGAUGCCUCCUGAUUGGAUUAGUGUGUACUAUUCUGCUGAUGGAACAUUCUCCUCCUCUGUACCAUGCAUAUUUUGGAAUGACGAUAUUCCUUUGGAUUCAAAUCUUCUGUGAAUAUCAGUUCUUGAAAGCACUAUGGAGAUACAUGCUUGGACAUGAAAUUAGUUACUUUGUGAAACUUUUUGCUAGUUCUAUUAUAUCACUUCUCAUUCUUGAGAUAUUGGUGAAAAGCUUCACUGACAGGAAGAUCUAUACUUGGAGUUUCUUGCUUGUUGGGGUUAUUGCUACUGUUUAUCUUCUUUACUCUAUAGCAUUGAACUCAGGAAUACCAGUUUUUGUAUGGCUAGCAUGUUGGUUUUUGUCCAUUUUUACAAUGAUGCCAGCUGAAAUUCCGGAUAAUACUAACCUUGUUAUUUUCGGUGGAUUUAUGAUUGUGAUAAUUGGAGUAGCAGCAAGAUAUGUGGAUUCGUAUGUUGCAGACAGCAAAUACUGGUUUUCUCUAACUCAAGAAAAGACGAAAUCUAAAUACCAUAUCCUUUUCUUGCUUCAGGCCUUACUAGUUGUCCUUUCAUCACUUAUGGUAUCUCUAUCAACCUCUCGUAGAACAGAAAAGCAAGAACUGCUUGCACUCCACCAAGUGAUAAAUUGGUUAAUUGCUGGUUUAUCACUGGUACUCCCACUUUUUUCAGCAACUAGUCUCUUGUCUAGGCUAACUUCCAUAUAUCUCGGUUUUGCACCCGCAUUCCUUUUGCUGUCAAUAGGAUAUGAAGCUGCAUUUUAUGGUGCUCUUGGUCUUGCACUUAUGGCAUGGAUACUUUUCGAGAACAUUGGCCUAUAUACAAACAAGGCUAAUAAAUCUUCGAGUUCUAUUGAGAGCUAUGAAAACCUUGCCUUUGCCGCCAAUGAUAGGUGCCUGCAGUUAUCUGAUAUGAGAAUUCCUUUAGCAUUUAUGGUCUUCUUCAAUAUUGCAUUCUUCGGAACCGGAAACUUUGCUAGCAUUGCUAGUUUUGAGAUAUCUUCUGUUUAUCGAUUCAUCACAAUCUUCAGCCCAUUUCUGAUGGCAGCCCUACUCAUUUUCAAACUUUUGAUACCAUUUGUGCUUGUCAUAUGCACAUUUACAGCAAUCACGAGAUUAAUCAGAGUACCGCUUUGGGGAUGCUACUUUCUUGUCAUUAUUUGUUCAGACGUGAUGACGAUUCACUUUUUCUUCCUGGUUCAAAAUACAGGAAGCUGGAUGGAAAUCGGCAACAGCAUAAGCCAUUUCGGGAUUAUGAGUGCUCAAGUUGUGUUUGUUCUACUGCUUUUCGCCCUUACGAGCAUAUACACUAAAGACAUUCGAACGAGAUCUUCUAAGCGGCUUUCCCAGAAAGAAAUGUGA